AUGCCCGACUCACAUUCUUUGGACGAGAAGCACUCUGUGAGUUCGGUAUCUGCCAAACUUGAAGAAGCUGGCGUGCACGAGAGCAUUCAUCCCGCUCCAGUUUCUGAACUUUCCGACAAUGUCCCCCGGAACCGUUUCAGAGCACUGUGGAGAAUUGUCGAGAAGCUCGACAAGUAUGGUGUCGAGACUCAGGGUAUCGAGCGCAUACCUCCGGACCAACGAGACCAGACAUCCGUGUUAGCACCCUUCUGGAUGUGGCUCGCAGCAAACAUGACCACCUCAACCUUCUCUCUGGGUACCCUCGGAGCUUCACUGUUCUACUUGGGACUUCGUGAUGCAGUGUUGACGAUCCUUUUUUUCAACCUUCUUACGACCCUCCCCGUCGCCUACUUCUCGACUUGGGGCCCGAAGCUCGGCCUCCGUCAGCUAACAUUGUCGCGAUAUUCUUUCGGUUUCUUCACUGCCCUGAUACCGAUUGUCCUGAAUUGUAUCGCUUGUGUGGGCUGGUCCGUAGUAAACUCCAUUGUUGGCGCUCAGACUCUGCGGGCGGUCAGCACUCACCAUCAAAUCCCCACGGCUGCAGCAAUUAUCGUCAUUGCAAUUGGCACCAUCAUUGUCAGUUUCAUGGGCUAUCGCGUCGUCCACCUUUAUGAGAUGUACUCAUGGGUACCGGUCGCUAUAAUUUUCAUUAUCUAUCUAGGUCAAAUUCAUCGGUUCACAGAUAGUGGCACUUGGGGUGGCACUGGAGCGGUGGAGGCCUCUAAUAUUCUAUCUUUCGGUGCAGCUAUAGCUGGAUUUGCCCUUGGAUGGACGUCUCUUGCUGCAGAUUACACUGUCCGAAUGCCCGAGAAUAUAUCGACUGUGAAGGUGUUCUUCUGGACCUACCUUGGCCUCAACAUCCCAUUGAUUCUGAUCGAGUCCCUUGGCGCCGCUGCGAUGACGACCUUCGUGAAUAAAUCGACUUGGGAAGAUGCAUACAACACAAACUCGGUGGGCGGUCUACUCGGCGCUGGUCUGGCCGGUCCUAUGGGCGGUUUCGGCAGAUUCCUGCUCGUCAUCCUGUCCCUCUCCAUCAUCGCGAACAAUAUUCCUAACAUCUAUUCUCUGGCGCUGACCUUCCAGAACAUCCACCCAUUCUGCCAGGCCAUACCCCGCGUGUUCAUCGUCAUCCUCGGAAGCGUGGUGUAUAUCGUCCUCGCCAUCGUCGGUGCCUCGCACUUCGAACAGGCGCUCGACACGCUGCUCACGAUCCUCUCAUAUUGGCUCGCCAUCUUCAGCACGAUCUUGAUCGAAGAGCAUCUGAUCUUCCGUAAAGGCCGCUGGUCAAAUUACGAGCCUGACGACUACAAUAACUGGCGCAAGCUCCCCCUUGGUGUAGCGUCAUUCAUCGCACUGGGUUGUGGUGUUGCCGGAGCCGUCCUGGGUAUGGCCCAGACGUGGUAUGUCGGAGUCAUCAGCAGAAAGAUCGGCGACCCCCAAUAUGGUGGCGACAUUGGCUUCGAACUAAGUUUCGCGUUCACUGCCAUUGUAUUUCCCCCAUUGCGGUACUUUGAGAGAAAGUAUUGGGGAUAUUGA